AUGUCAGUAAUGGACGCUGCAACUGGUUUUUGGGAGAAGGCUCUGAGUGUUAAAGAACCUUCAGGUAAAAAUUCACUGAUUAGAAGGAAUUGUCUCCAUGAUAUUGGUUACGUGAACGCCGAGAACGAUGCAGUCCAUUGUAAUAGAUGUUUAAAAGAAGUUACUUGUGGAAAUUAUUCAAUACCAGCCAAAUAUUUGACGGGUUGCUAUGAAAUACACUACGGCAGUGAAGAUGUCAAAAUUUACGAUAAAGGAGAGGGAAUACAACCAAAUCAAUUUCUUCUAAUUGUUGAUCGUAAGUCAAACGAAAUGUGUGAGGAUUCAACCGCCGCUUACACAAUAGUGUGUGAAUUACAUGAAGAAACUGAAAGGCCUAUUGCAGCAUAUAUUAAUUUCUGCCCACAGUAUUUAGCAGAAAAGGAAGAGUUUGAUGAAGAGAAUGUUGUUACUGCAGUUCAUGAGUUGGGUCAUGCACUGGUUAGUUGA